CAACAAACCUUCGCUCUCUCCUCGCUCUCCCACAUCUCCGUCUGUCUUCCGUGCCGGCUUUUCUGAACUCCUGUCACAAAGAAAGACGCCGCAGACAUGCCAGCUUUUGGAAAGCUUUACACCCGCAAGGGCAACGCCCGCUCUACGGCAAUUCUUGCUGUUGCAAAGGCCAACAAUCUUGACCUGGAGAUCGUCGAGGUUGCCCAGCCGCCCAGCGCUGACUACCGACUUCUCAAUAAACUGGGAAAGAUUCCGACCUUCCAGGGCUCCGAUGGCUACGUCCUCACCGAGUGCACUGCUAUUGCUAUCUACCUUGCUUCGCAAAACGAGAAAACAACUCUCCUCGGAAAGACCAAGCAAGACUAUGCCUCCAUUCUGAAGUGGCUCUCAUACGCCAACACUGAGAUUUUGCCUAAGCUUGCUGGCUGGUACCGUCCCAUCAAGGGUCUCGAUCCGUACAACAAGAAGAAUGUCGAGGAGUCCCAGGCCGCCGCCCUUGCUGCCGUGCAUGUUGUUGAGGAGCACCUGCUCGUCAACACGUACCUCGUCGGCGAGCGUCUGACCUUGGCUGACAUCUUCGUUGCCUCCAUGCUCGUUCGUGGCUUCGAGGCCUUCUUCGACAAGGCCUGGCGCGAAAACAACCCCAACACCACCCGCUGGUACGAGACCGUUACUGCACAGCCCAUCUACACUGCUGUGUCCGACUUCUCACCCGUCCCCACCUUUGUUGACGAGGCGCUCAAGUACACACCGCCAGCAAAAGCCCCUGCGCCUAAAAAGGAGGCCGCUCCAGCUAAGAAGGCCGAGCCAAAGCCCAAGGAUACUGCGGAGGAUGAGGAAGAUGAGCCGGCUCCGGCUCCGAAGCCGAAGCAUCCUCUCGAGGCUCUCGGUCGUCCAACAUUCGUGCUCGAUGACUGGAAGCGAAAGUACUCGAACGAAGACACGCGAUCUGUUGCACUCCCGUGGUUCUGGGAGAAUGCCAACUUUGAGGAGUAUUCGUUGUGGAAGGUUGACUAUAAGUACAACGAUGAGUUGACCAUGACCUUCAUGACGUCCAACCUCAUCGGUGGCUUCUUCGCCCGCCUCGAAGCUUCUCGCAAGUACAUCUUCGGUGCCGCCUCCGUGUACGGCGUGUCCAACGACAGCGUCAUUCAAGGCGCGUUCCUCAUUCGUGGCCAGGAGGCACUCCCGGCCUUUGACGUUGCUCCAGACUACGAGUCUUACGAGUUCACAAAGCUCGAUCCGGUCAAGGACAGGGAGUUUGUUAACGACAUGUGGGCAUGGGAUAAGCCCAUUGAGGUCAAUGGCAAGACGUACGAGUGGGCUGAUGGCAAGGUCUUCAAGUAAAUUUGUUAGUCCUUCGUCAAGUUGUCUUUGUGACACGUGAUGAUUGAUGGAUUUAUGUGUGGAUUUAUGAGGUUUCACGUGGGAUGGGACGGGAUGUGACGACGCGCAAAUUUGACAAUUUGCAGGCAUGAGAGACGAAGCACAUUGAGCAUUGUCGGGACUUUGUUCUGGCAUCGGAUUGCGAUACACUGACUUCCACAUAGUCAAGAAGAAAAAUAAAAAAUCAACCAGUCCAUAAAACAUGCAAUCCAUGCACAUAUCGUUAGAUGGCAUUUCACCUUUUGUAGAUCGCUAGCUUGCUCGUCAACAUUACCAAGCACAUUAAUCUCUGCGUCUAGACCGCCCGGAGCUGUGUAUGUGGUCAGCAUUAUCCAGGGCGAGUCCAGGACGUAGAUGCCAUGAGCAAGAAGUAAUACGCAGAACCUCUGGACUUUGAGGUGGUUGUUCAUUCAA